AUGGCCUCCAUUUCUAGAGUUUUGCCUACAGACGUCAGAUUAAGUCAAUGCAGUGGCAUCGGAACUUCCUUGUUUCCUGCGACAAGGAGAGCUCAAACUCAAACUCAAUCAGUUUCUCCCAGGUUGUUUUCGGUUAGUAACGCUGGAGUAAGUUUGAGGAUUCAGAACAGUAAACCAUUACGCUCUGUCUUUGCUCUUGAAUCUGCCUCCACUGUUAUACAUUCCUCCAGGAGCAGCCGAGUUGCUUGCAAGGCUGCUGCAGAUUUUUCAGGUGAUGUACCUGAAACCGCUCCUAAGGAACUUAGCCAGUACGAGAAGAUUAUUGAGCUUUUAACGACCCUUUUUCCUCUUUGGGUUGUUUUGGGAACACUCGUUGGCAUCUUCAAGCCAUCUUUGACUCUUAAGCUUUCGGCACCUCUUGCGACUGGUCUUAUCCUGGUCUCAUGCUGCCCUGGAGGACAAGCUUCGAACGUUGCAACCUAUAUUUCCAAGGGGAACGUGGCGCUCUCUGUACUCAUGACAACGUGUUCAACAAUCGGGGCUAUUAUAAUGACUCCUCUUCUCACUAAGCUUCUUGCUGGCCAGCUUGUUCCCGUCGAUGCUGCUGGACUUGCUGUUAGCACUUUCCAAGUAGUGUUGGUGCCUACUAUAGUUGGAGUUCUGGCCAAUGAGUUCUUUCCUAAAUUUACGUCCAAGAUCAUAACAGUGACACCUCUAAUCGGAGUCAUUCUGACCACUCUUCUCUGUGCCAGCCCUAUUGGACAAGUCGCAGAGGUUUUGAAAACACAAGGAGCUCAACUUAUACUUCCGGUGGCACUCCUUCACGCUGCAGCAUUCGCUAUUGGCUAUUGGAUUUCAAAGUUCUCUUUCGGCGAGUCCACGUCGCGAACCAUCUCUAUAGAAUGUGGAAUGCAAAGUUCAGCGCUAGGGUUCUUGCUUGCGCAAAAGCAUUUCACAAACCCACUCGUAGCUGUUCCUUCUGCAGUUAGUGUUGUCUGUAUGGCGCUCGGCGGGAGCGGUCUAGCUGUGUUCUGGAGAAACCAACCGAUUCCAGCAGAUGACAAGGAUGACUUCAAGGAGUGA